CUUCUUUUUAAUAUCGCGCAAUUUUAAGAGCAGUUUAUGGACACGUAUGGUACAAACAAACUGACUUCUAAUUCAUAUCACGGUUCACGUGAGGACGCAGAAAUUAAUAUUGAUAACAUCAUCGUUGCUGUAGCCGAAUUGAACAUCAGAAUUUUGCGAUUACGAGAAGAAAUUGUCGCAUUUAAAAAUGAAAACGCAAUCUCUUUAUCGACGCAUAACUUAUCAAGUUUAACACCUACGGAAUUUAAUCAUUCGAGGAAAAACGGAGAGAAUCGAACGGGCGCACGGUACGAGCCGCGAAGAAAUUUUAAGGGGGACGAUUCGCCAGGCGGCACUGAUUUAUCCGCUCGUUUAUCAUUCGCGAAACGUGCGCGGGAAGUAAAAGCGGCGAACGAGGCGGCCGUAUUUAAAGAGGAUUACCCGCGUGACGAUAAAUCAAUCGAAGAUGAUGAACGGCCAAAUAGAUCGCGUGUGUCUGAACCGUCGGGAACGUAUCGAAAGUCCAUUUCGGACGCCGAAAAAUCCGGGAAAGAAACCGACGAGAGACCGGGAGGCGCAUUAGGAGACACUGGGGACCCGAGAAUUUCACGUGUUGUAGAUGAGAAGCUGAGGAAGCUUAACGAGCAUCGAAACGACAUCGUUAGCGAGACGGGUUGUAAUCCUGUGAAUGUUUUAAGACACAAAAUUAAGAGGAAAAGAAUUUCCCGAGGUGUACAAUGCACCUCGGUCGGAUGUCGAAUCAACGCAGGCCGAUUUUUUCUCAAUUGCUUUAAAUCGAAACCAAGACGAUACGGUUCGACGAAAAAAAUAAAGAAAAAUGUUUUAGCGAAUAAAUUUAAUGUUGAAUCACAAAAUGAAGUAAACAAAUUGCUAGGUAUAAAAAUGAGUGACAAAUCUUGUGAUGUGAUUAAAGAAGAAAUAAAAUCGAGUGAUACAGGCACGAGGAAAGAAAAAUUUGAAGAGAUCGGUGAAGAAAAAAUAGGAAGCAUAUCAUUCACUUAUCGGAAUGAUGAAGAUCUACCCGUACGGAUACAAAAUAUAGAUGAUGAAAAAUCGAAAGACGAGUCGAAGUAUCGUAAAGUGAAAAUAAAUCUUCUUGAAAAGUUGCGGCUGAGCGGAGCUUUAGCGCGUAAAAGUGAUUCGAAGGCGCAACAAAACGGAUCACGUCACAAAUCCCGAAAUCAAAAAGAAGAAAUAGCUGGACUCGAUUACGAAACUAAAAAAGUGAACGACGCUCGUAAACGCGAAGAUAACUCACAAAGCGUAAAAAUCGUCGAUCGUGAAAUGGAUUCGAGUAAUGGACGGAAAAGCAGUACAAGCGCCGAUAGAAAAAGCGAUGUAAAUAAAAUCAAGGAAAGAUUGGAUUUGUGCAUCGCCGAAUUAAAUGGAAUAAUCGGCGAUGCUUGUGCGUUAUUUGACAUUAGGAAAAAUGCAACAAAAAGUAACGGCCAAAGAUGUUAACUCGUUAAGUAUCAUCACCUAUAUAAUCUUGCAUAUUUGUACAAUUUUUGCGAUAAUCCAUUAGAAAGUAAAAAUUAGAAAUAAUUUUAUUAAUAAAUUGUUUAUUAAUUCUAUCCACAUUUUAUUUUAUUAAUUAGAAAUAAAUUUAUUGUUGCUUGACAUACAUAUAGAAUGAAAUAUUAGACUCCGGAAAUGUUGUUGUAAUUAAUUCUGUCGGUUGAAUUAACUAAUAAUUAAUUCAUCAACAAUAUAUUG